AUGGCGCCUCAAGAUACAUUUAUCGAGGAGGAGGAUGACACCUGCCCUCUAUGUAUCGAAGAGUUCGAUCUGUCCGACCGAAACUUUCGGCCGUGUCCUUGUGGCUAUCAAAUAUGCCAGUUCUGCUUCAACAACAUCAAGAAUACCAUGAAUGGCCUGUGUCCUGCCUGCCGACGACCCUACGACGAGAAGACAAUACAGUGGAAGGUUGUCACUGCGGACGAGGUUGCCGAGUUCCGUGCCAACAUUCAAAAGAAUCAGAAGAAGCGAGCUGCCGAACAACGUCAAAAAGAAGUGCAAAAGCGAGAAAGCGAAAAAGAGAACCGGAAGAAUCUCGUCGGUGUGCGCGUCGUACAAAAGAACCUCGUAUACGUUACUGGUCUUACGCCGACUGUUCGUGAAGACGAGUUGCUGAAGACGCUGCGCAAGCCCGAGUUCUUCGGGCAAUACGGCAACAUCCAAAAGAUCUCGAUUAGUAAUCGCAAGAGCUCCGACGGCCAGAACCAGUCCCUUGGUAUCUAUGUGACGUUCGAGAAGAAGGAGGAAGCACAGCGUUGUAUCCAGGCUGUCAACGGCUCCCAGAAUGGAGAUCGGGUCCUCAAAGCCCAACUCGGCACCACAAAGUACUGUUCCGCCUGGCUUCGGCAUGAGCAAUGCACGAACCGACAGUGCAUGUUCUUGCACGAGCUAGGUGAUGAAGAGGACAGUUACACUCGACAAGAUCUUUCUUCAAUGAAUAGUAUCCAGACGCAACGACCGUUAGCAGCUGGCGGCGCUCGUUCCACAUCCAGGCAGCAGAUGCACCCUCCACCACAGUCCCAACCCAUGGCUCGAAGCUCUAGCCGCGACGAUUCCGAGAACGGAGACGCAUCAGCGCUACCUUCCUCUGCGAACUGGGCUCGGCACCCUCAAGUCCGAAGCCGCCGUGGAAGCCAUGCUACCAGUGGCGCAGCCUCGAGCCCCGCAAUCUCGAUGUCCCUUCCUGUCACCGCCGAGUCAGCCCAGGAAUCUGAGUUGGCAAUCCAAGAGGAGCCAGAGCGGCCUCCUGCUCAAGCUUCCAAUACUUCUACUGAGGCUCCACCCAGUCGAGCUUCCUCUACCGUGCCGAAGUCUGAUGCCGAUCAUCACGACAAGGUGCUGGCCAGCUGUGUGAAAGCCAUACAGGUUGCAAACUUCGCGAACAUUAGCUGGGACGAUGCAAUGGCGGAAAACUUCCCUCCUCUCUUCGACCCUUACGGCGCAGCCAGGCGACGUGCUUUCCGUGAGGCAGAAGAACGUCGGUUGGGUGUCGACCAAGAAUCCCAGAGCGAGGCACAAGAAGCAUCCGAGGGAGAGCCUGAGAGUAGCGGUAGCUUGGCACUCGGAGGAGAGCCUGAAGACGGGACCCAUGGUCAGGGUGGUGUCUUUGACCAGCGGCGGGGUCGCGGUCAACCUCCAAUCCAACGUAGCAGUAAUGACGCCUUCGGUGCUGGUCUGGCAACCAACCUGAUGCAGCCGUCUGGCUUGAGCAACGCCGGAAGUCGAUCUAUGACCCCUCAACAACAGCAACAACUGUUCAACCGACCACAGGCCUCGUUUGCCGAUCAUCUGCCUCCAGGCAUCACGCCUUCGCAGACUGGCUUAUUUCAGGGCCAGGGCCACAACCGCCAGACAUCGCGGUACAGCUUUGCCAAUGAGGGGGCCUCAAGCUCAACCUCGGUGAAGCUUGCAGCCAACCCUAGGGUCAUGGCGCAGCAAGCUUCCAUGAUGCCGACUGCGUUCAACUCCCAAUCUGGUGGCCAGUAUUACCAGUCCUCAAUGCCUGGCCCUCCCCCGGGCCUCAAGUCCACUGGCACUCCUCCCAAUAUGUUUGGUCAAGGCCACGGCUUUGGCGGUGCUGGAUUUGGUGGCCAGAAGGAUACUAGCGAGAUUCUUCAGAACCUCAUUCACAGCAGGGGCCGAACAGGUGGUGCCCAGGCUCACGAUGCGGGAAAGCGUGAGUACAUGUUCCCUUCCUCCUUUUCUAAUCAGUACCCACCCUCUACCUCCACCACCCCAGCUCCUGCUUCCGGCCUCCUGGCAUCGCUCUACGGUAACCAGCCUGGAGCAUUCCAAGACUUCGGUUCCAAGCAGAAGAAGAAGGGGAAGAAGCACAGACACGCUAACACUUCCUCCUCUGGGGGGAGUGCCUUAGUUGAUCUUGCGGACCCGAGCAUCCUGCAGGCACGCAUGCAACACCAACAGAGCAAUGCCGGAGUUGGACAGGGGCUGUUUGGAAGCCAGAGCCAAGAUGACGAGCUCCUCUCUAUGGACGAGGCAACCUCAACAGUAGACGCCCUGGUCUCGGAGGACGACUUCAGCGCUGGCACCCAGUAUUAUUCGACGCCGGCAGCUCCGCCAGGUCUUGGCUUUGUUAGCUUUCAGCCUCCUCCCGUUGCUUCGGAUGCUAUCCCGUCAAGUCCCGCAGCGACUCGACAGACUCCUACGCCCAUCAUCCCUCUUAAACCCUUUGAGCAAACUCCCAAGAAAGCCCCAAGCGCAGAGACCAAGAAAACGGUCAAGGCACGGGCCGUCGAGACUGGGCUUUCCAAACAGAUCGCAAGCUCUUCCAAGCAGCUUCUGCAAGAGGCAGACUUCCCAGCUCUGGAUGCCAAGGCGACACCGCAGGCUCCCGCUCCCGCUCCUGCUACGCCUGUUCAGCCGAAGGCCGUGGCAACAGCCCCUGCAUCGUCGAAGAAAACACCUGUUCAGCCUCCCACAAACACUACUGCCAAACCGCCGACCCCUGCACCUUAUUCUGCCGGACCUGCGGUCGAGACCCCGAAGAAGGCUGGAAAGAAGCCAGUCCCCGGCAUCCUUAAUAUUGCAGCCGCUACGAGAACGUCGCAACAGGCCAAGGUUGCUGAGUCGUCUUCUGCGGUUGACAAGACCGCGUCGGAUCAGGCUUCCGGCUUCCCAGCCCUUCCCACACCCACUGCGGCGGCAGUUUCGUCGCCAGUAGCUCGGUCGGGACCUAGGAGUCUCCGGCUUGUUCCCACUCCCAAGACCGAGGCGGCUCCCACCCUAUCGAUGUCUAUCGAUACCAAACAUCACGGUCGGUCCUCCGUCCUGCCCACUAACCGUCCUGGCACUCCGGCUAGCGAGAUCAUCUCGGAUAAUGCAUCUGUUGUCUCGACCACCAUGUCUGGCUCGCGGGCCAGCUCGCCCCCGCCGUCGAGAGUCGGGGCGGCAGCUGUCAGGAGCACGACCAAGAGCCAGCAACGUAAAGAGCGUAAGCAGGCCACAAAGAAGGAGGCCGAGAAGAUCGCCAGUCAGCCUAUUCCUGAGAAGGAGGCUGAGGUUGGCCCGAUUGUUGGACGAAAGAAGAAGCAGAAGAAGGACAAGUCGAGUGGUUCCAGUCUGACGCCCGUUCAGAGUCGUCCAGCCACCCCGGGUCCUGCUGCCGUGAAGGAGGAACCCGCCAAAGCUCAGACGGUUACCGAUGAGAAACCUGCUAAGAGCAAGAAGGCGCAGCCUGAGCCGCAACUAGAACCCAAACCUGCCCCAAAGAGCGAAUCGCCCGCCCCUAAGAGCAAAUCAAAGCAGGCGACCGUCGCAGAAGUGGUAGACACGCCCCAGGAGGAGCAGCAAGACACCGGCAGCAAGACGCCCGAAACUGAGAGACAUCUUCCCACCCCUCAGUCCAUCUUGCAGGAUCUUGUGGCCAAGGGCGACAUUGCCGAUCCAGAACAGAUUGCUCUGCUCAAGCUGCUCACGGCCUCGCAGCCUCAGCGACAUGAUCUCAAGGACAGCCUCAAUGCCAAGGACAUGAUGGCGUCGUCCCGCUCAAUGAUCACCGAGGAGGACCAGGCCGCGCUCCUCGAUGGCAAAGCCGUCCGGAAGAUCCUCGACGGCGUCCGUGUGCUGCUGACGCCCAACGGCGACUGCGUGCGGAACCUGACUGAGGAGGAAGAGACGCGGUUUCUGGAGCUGCAGAAGCUGAUCGCAGCCGCUACCAAUGGACCUGCAUCGUACGUCCACACCCGGCACGAGUCUGCUGGAGGAUUCAGCCUGGUCAAGGGCAGGGCUGUCCCCAACGGACCGCCAGGGUACUUCCCGCAGUCGUCGGACGGCAAGAACCGCGAUCCGGUGGCUAAGAUUCAGCGCGAGGAGGCCAUCUACUGCAUCAACCAGUACGUCCUCCCGCGUCUGAGCCUCGGCACCUCGUGGAAGAACUCGCUCGGCCAGGACGCCAAGGCUCCGCACCCGGGUUCUCUGUCGUCGCUGGCGCCGUGGAUCUUCAACUCGGCUGCGGCUUCUGCCGGUGCGCACCACGACCCCGCUGCCGUCGCUGGUGACCCGGACAUUGCAGAUGCCACGGCGCCGCUCAAGACGAUGGCAGACAUUGACUCGACAUCGACCGCGCUGGGCAACACCUCUACCGCUGUCGCCACCUCUGGCGCCGCCGCGGGCGGCACCUCGUCAUCGGCCUCAUCGGCGUCACCCUUCAGCAGCGUGCCGCUGCUGUCGGCCGAGGACGCCGAGAGCGCGCUGGCGGUGGCGCGGCGCGAGUCGGAGAAGCUCGAGAAGAGCCUCAACGUGGUGAUCAAGAAGAACCGCCGCCUGCUGCUGGCGUCGGGCCAUUGA